GCAUCCAUCCCUGGCCUCACACACCCCUCUCAGCCCCGAGCAUCCCUCUCUAGCCCCGCACAUCCCCUGUCCCCCCUCCCUCAGGCCGCAUCCCCAGCGCUGGGUCCUGGGGGGGGAGUUGUGGGUGUGCAGCAUCCCAUCCCCCAGCAGGGGGUUGGGAAAGGGCUGGGGCUGUGUUGAAUCCAUCGCACCCCCGGGGUGUGCCUUAAGGCCGAGCCGUGCUGCAGUUUCUGUUGGGCUCUUGGGAUGCUGACGUUUUGCUUUGGUACCGUUGGGUCGCACGGAUGCUGCUCAGGUGUCUGCAGUUUGCUCAGCUGCGUGUGGCUGGGGGUAUUUCUGGGCGGGGGAAGUGAAAUCAGGAGGCUUCAGUUAGCAUCUCUGCGAGCAAAAGCAGAAGUUUCUGAUUUGGGCUUUGUGGCAAGCGUCGGUUGAAAGAGCUCUGAAAAAAAAGAGGAAAUAAAGUUGAGCAGGGCUGUCUGUGGUUGGUGCUUUUUGGCUUGGAAGGAAUAGAAGUGCUGCUGUAAGCAGCAUCAGACCCCCACAGCAGCCCUGUACCAGCCGGUGGCAUCACUCAGCAGCACUGCAUCUCCUCACCCUGCCCAGGAAUGUGGGCUGUGGUGUAAGGGAGCAGACCGUGCUUCCUGCCAUAGCAGGCUGCUGCCAGCUGGCUCAGCACUGAGGGGCAGAGGAUCCAGUGACUGUCAUGCUGGAGGAAGGCAUUUCCUGGACAGUCCUGGAGACAGAAGUGCUGUAUUUCUAGAGCAGGUUGCCUUGGUCCUGUGGCCAUCCGUCCUGCUGCAAUGAGUGGGAAGUCCUUGCUCUUAAAGGUCAUUCUGCUCGGAGAUGGUGGAGUUGGGAAGAGUUCCCUCAUGAACCGGUACGUCACCAACAAGUUUGACUCGCAGGCUUUCCACACAAUUGGUGUGGAGUUCUUAAACAGGGACCUGGAGGUAGACGGACGUUUUGUGACCCUCCAGAUCUGGGACACUGCGGGACAGGAGAGAUUCAAGAGCCUGCGGACCCCCUUUUACAGGGGAGCUGACUGCUGCCUGCUGACCUUCAGCGUGGAUGACCGGCAAAGCUUUGAGAACCUCAGCAACUGGCAGAAGGAGUUUGUCUAUUACGCUGAUGUGAAGGACCCCGAACGCUUCCCUUUCGUAGUUCUGGGCAACAAGAUUGACAAACUUGAAAGGCAGGUGAGCACAGAGGAGGCCCAGGCUUGGUGCAUGGAGAACGGCAACUAUCCAUACCUGGAGACCAGCGCCAAGGAUGACACCAACGUGGCCGUGGCCUUUGAGGAAGCUGUGCGCCAGGUGCUGGCGGUGGAGGAGCAGCUGGAGCACUGCAUGCUGGGCCACACCAUCGACCUGCACUCCAGCUCCAAAUCGGGGUCCUCCUGUUGUUAAGGACGGCUGCUGCUUUGGGAACGUCGCCGGAACCGAUGGUUGGAUUGCAAGGAGAGAGGGGGCACUGUGAGGAGGGUGGCCGUGAGGACGGUGGGUGGUUUGCACGCUGGGGGGUUGCAGCUUUACUAUCUGAAUUCUGACUGGAGUUUUCAGAUGUGGAAGAUGAAUCUACAGGAGAGUGCUGGCGAAGAGCGUGUGAAUGCAGUCCUGCUCCUGUCCCUGCCUGUCUUAGCAGGUUUAAAGGACUGGGUUAAACUAAAGGGAGUGAAUUCUGACCUGUAGCAAGAACUGCAUGCAGGACAAAGCUGGGGGGCACUCCAGAAGCUCUGAAAUGUUUUAGUCCUGAACUCAAAAAACUACUAGACCCGCUAAACUCAUGGCCUUACUGCCAAAGCAAAGUCUGCUCAGCAGUGUGAGUGAAACCUGUUGGGAAGACUGUAGCCCACACAGUUGUGAGAGUGCCAGAUCCUGGAGAGGCUGGGAUGUGUACAUCUGCUGCUUGGGAUCAAUGCAUUCUGUGCUGAGUAAUGCUAGAACUCUGAUAUCAAGUAACAUAAUGAAGGAGAGAAGAAACUGAAUGCUGCAGCAUCGUUUCUUCGUAGCUGUUUCUGAUUUGUUUUUCUCCACCUUCUAACUUUGCCUUGUUUGGGUGUUGUUUUAUGGAGAGACCGGCUUCUGCUUGUUUCCUCAGCCCUUCUGGAGGCUCAACACCAGAUCUUGCUUCUCACGCCUUGAAUAGACCUGGAUGGAAGGUUCCAGCGUGGCCACUCAGCAGUUCGUGGCACAGGAUCUGAGUUAGCUGGGAGUUCAGGAGAUCUGGAGCGUGAACCUUCAGCUGGUUCCUGUCAGAAGUAAUCUCUGUGUCCGGGUGAUUCUGUGUGUCUCUGAUUCUAUGAAUGCUGCAGCAUAAAACCACUCACCGUGAUUACCUGUUGUGUCAGGGGCUGUGCUGCUCAGCUCGGUUUACUCACACCAUUGCCCCAGCCCUUACUCCCUAACAGGGAAUCCAGUACAUUUUAUCUGAUCAGCUGGCAUCCUACUGCUAGAGAACGUCCACUCAGUUAAUUGACCCUUGUCAAUGAGCAGCUGUGCUGGGGAGAGAUUUGGACUGAUUCCUCAAGGGGCUGAAGAACGGUACUGGGAGGGCAGGGAGCCCUCCAAGAAAGGAUGCCAAGCUUUGCUGAUCCCAGCUCCUGCUCCCUGCUAGGUGUUAGUCCUGAGCUGUUUGUGUGUAGCCAAGAGGUCAGUGCUUUCUGGCUUGCCAUUGUAACCUCAUGUUCUGCGACUUCCUGUGCAAGUGUUUGUCCAAAACGAUGACUUUGCCUGUAAGCACUUAGGAGCCUGGCAUGGGGAGAGCUACCUGCUGAGUGCAGUGCCCACUGUGAUGAGCUACUGGAUAGCUGAUUGUGUAGCUCAAAUAGAGCAGCCUCGUAUACUCAGUGCUUUAGAGCAGGGCAGUCUCUGCUCUCACACUGGCUGGUGGCAGCGAAACCCCGUCCCCUUGCAGUCUGUGAGCUUGCAGGAUGUCUCCUCUGGGAGCUCAGGUGAUCCUGCUCUUCUCUGUGGGGCAGCCACACGUGGGAGGGGCUGAGCUUUAAUACGAAGUCCUGGGGGGGGGGAGGAGGGGGAAUCUGAUUUUGAAAGGGGGCUGGAUAUUCACAUUCACACCAAUAGAUAGGAAGUGCUUGAAGCUCCUAGAAAAUCAGGUCUC